CUUCCGCAUCGGUUGGGAGCCGGGUUGCGGAUGGAGCGGCGAAGGAAUGGAAAUUAAAUGUAUAGCGCCGCAGAUGCCUUUGAGGCGUUUCAUACUGUGUAUAUAUGUUGUAGGGUUUAUGGAUCUAUUUGGUGUUAGUAUGAUCAUUCCGUUGCUAAGCCACCAUGUCAAGUCUCUUGGAGCAACCCCAACAGUAGCAGGAAUUAUAGGUUCAGUUUAUGGAGUCCUCCAGCUCUUUUCUAGCACUUUGGUUGGAAGUUGGAGUGAUGUUAUUGGAAGACGACGCUCAUUGUUGAUGUGUGUAACAUUCAGUGCUUUGGGAUAUGGCCUUCUUGGUGUUUCCAGCACACUGAUUUUAUAUAUACUUGCAAGAAUUCCAGUUGGUAUUUUUAAACACUCACUUUCAAUUUGCAAAGCACUUCUGUCCGAUCUAGUCUCCGAAAAUGAGCGACCGCUGGUGAUUGGCCAUUUCAAUGCUGUUUCUAGUGUGGGUUUCAUUCUUGGACCAGCUGUUGGCGGUUACCUUACUGAACUUGAAGGUGGUUUCUACAUUUCCUCCUUUGUUUGCUGUUCACUUUUUAUUUUGAAUGCAGGUCUUGUAUGGAUCUUACCCUGGGAUGACACUGGCGUUGCUCAAAGUCAUUUUUCUAACAAUAAAAAAAAUCAUCGCAGAGAUGGAGCCCAACCCUGGACUUCAAAUGUAGAAAACAGUCUAAUCUCAACGGCUUCCAUUAAAACACAUUUUAAACCUGCAUGGAAUGAGAUUACCUCUGUUCUUCAGAAGAUCAAUAUUGUUCUUAGUUCAAACCUGUGGGAUGUUUUUUCAGUCCGUUUUCUAAUGACCUUAGCAGUCAUGCUUUAUUAUAGUAACUUUGCACUGGCAUUGGAAGAGAGGUUUUUUUUAAAACAAAAAAUGACAGGUUACCUCAUAAGCUACAGUAGCACAAUUGGAGCUUUUGCUGGCUUCUUAGUUGGACCAACAACAAAACUCUAUCAUGGCAAUACAUAUUCAAUGCUGCUGCAUUCAAGUAUUCUCACCUGCUUUCUUAUAUUUUUUUAUGCUAAUGCGGUUGCUUUUUGGCAAGUUUUUUUGUGUGCCACAUUUUUUUCCAUUUCUACAACUAUAGGACGAACAUGCAUUACAGAUUUAGAACUUAGAUGUGGUGGAACACAGGCCAGUGGGACCUUGAUAGGAGCUGGACAGUCAAUAGCUGCUUUGGGCCGUGUAGUUGCCCCUAUACUUUCAGGAUUUGCUCAAGAGUUCACUCCUUGUGGACCUCCAUGGCUUGGAGCAAUACUAGCAUUAUCAGCUGUGAUGCUAAUGCUGUUCAGAAUACCACAAGAGAAUGAAAGUAAAAAAAUUAAAAUAUAGUAAUAAAGCAGUUCUGUGUUUUGUACUUGAAAUGGCUGGUUGGGAGGGUAUUCCCAUUGGGAUUUGUAUUAGUAUAAUUUCAUGUCUUAUCUAAUUGCCGUGUAAAAGUAAGUUUAACAAUUUACUUCUUGGAUGAAUUAAUCUACAUAGUUUGUUUAAAGGUAAGUAAAAGCACUGUGUUGUGAAUUUAUUCAUAGCUUUUUAUAAAGGUGUAAAUCUGGUUCCUACCUAACACCAGAGAAUGAGCAUUAACAACUACCAAAAUCUACACCUUUCUCACAUGUUACUCUGACACUACAUUUAUUCAGAAAGGAAAGAAUUAAAAAAAAAAAACAUUUUGUAGGAUUGUAAGUGCAAAAUAAGAGCACAGAUGUAAAGCUUAAAGAAAACUUUAUUAGCUUUGCAAAAACUAAUCAUUAAACCAGUUGUACAGUUGCAGCAUUCAUUUUUGCAAGGGAGUGAAAACACAAUUAUCCAAAGUUAAUGAAUUUGAAAAGGCAUGUCCUAAAUACAGUAAAUAAAGGAAAGUAUAAAUCUUUCAAAAGUCUUCUUGAAAAGUUCGUAAAACCAAUUUCCUUAGUGUAUAUUAAUGUUCUAACAGUUAGAUAAUUCUACAGUAUAGCCAGCACCUUUUAUAAACCUGUUGCACACCCCUGUGUACUACCUAAUGCCACUGUUAAUCCUGUGAAUACACUAAUACAUGUUUCAUGCAAGUUGUUUUGUUCUUCAUUUCCCAACUACCUGGCAUUAAUUCUGUGAUUUGAAAAAUCUUGUUUUUAUUGUAGUUACAGCUUCAGUUUUUGUUUUACAAUAGUUACUUAAUGCUUUGAUCUGUAUGAUUUUCUUUUAAACAACAAAAUUAUUUAACAUUUUUAUGAGGAAAGAAACACAGAAGCUUAUCAUUUUAGAUUAUUUACAUUCAUUUUUAUAGUAGAUGUUCCUAAUUCAGCAGCAAAUAUGUUUUGAGGUUGCAUUAUAUGUUAAAGUGCUCUUUCAAAACAACGUUAGUUUGCUGGAAUUACAUAUUGGACUUUUCAGUUUAAAAUAGACACAGUAUUGUAUAUCCUGAAACUUCUAAAUGCCCACUUAUACAUUCAUUUUUUAACCCAUUUCUCAGGACUCAGGAUAGUUCAGAAAACUGAUGUAUCCAGGAUUCAAACUUGUGCCACUACAUUGCACACCAAACACUUGCAAGCAAAUACACAUGUAUAUUUAUUAAGGGAAAAUUAAACAUGUUUUCUGUUAGCAUGUGGAAAAAAUUUGGUAAGCUAUAUUUUUUUGGAAAAUAUUUUUUCAAUUUCUUUAUUUAAAGCACACUUCCAAUUAUAAUAUCAGUUUACAAAGGAAUAUUUUUUAAACAUUAAAUUUACUUAAAUGGACAUGAUUAUUUGGUCAUGAAAGUGUAUAUUUCCAUACUGUGAGCGAUAGUUGCUUACUUGGAUGUUAUACAUUAUAUACUGUCAGUCAUGUGAUACUAAGACUUUUAUUUUUAUUGGGUUUUAGUUUGAAAUAAUAGUGUUCACAAUUAUUUGUCCAGUUUUGGUUGAGUUUUAAUUGCAAUCAUGUGAUAAGUUAACAAAUCCUUGAGUUAGAUGCCCUGCACUUUUUUAUUUUUAUUAUAAUUGCUAUUGUGGUUUAAACAUUAUUUAAUUUGGUAGGUCAACUAUUUAACAAUAAAAAUAUCUCUCAGCCAUAUUUAAGGUAUCUGUAAAUAAUUUGCCUGUACCAUGAAAUGCUUUACAGUUGUUAGUUCUUGUUUUUUAAAAUGUCAUUUUCUUUCUUUUUGUAUAACUAGUGUGGCAGUAUUAUUUAUGUAUCAUAUUGUGUGUGUACACUAACCAUGGUUUGCAUAAAAUAAGCAUUUUUACUUUAAAGCCCACCCCCUAUAGUGACCAAUAGAAAACCUGUAUUAUAACUUAAUGAGACAGGUUUUAUAAAGGCAUUGCUAGAAAGCAGCUGUGCUUCUUCUUAAACUUGAACUUGAGUUCUUAAGUUAUAUACUUGGUACCUGCUGGUGAGAUCUUUUACUUUAUAAUUUCUGUGAAUUAGCAGGAAGGCAAUAACAGUUGUACAGUAUUUUGAAAAGUAACUAUGAAUAUUUCUGGAAUGUGGGUGGGAAGUAUUUUCAGGUCUUUUAUAUAUUUUUUUACAUUUUUAAUAAAUACAGACAUAAUUAAUACAUGGUAGGUACUAUUACAAGGCUGAUUUAAACUGACAAAAUUACUUUCAGGCAGACAGAUAAAAAUAAUCAUUUGUAGGUGUAAAUUAAAAAGUUUAUGUAUUUUUAGAAGAACAUUGAAAGGGAUAGAGUAAAUGGCAUUUUUGGGGUAUAAAUGCAAAAUAUGUGAUAUAAACACAAAAUGUUAAACACUAAAAAUGUAAAACUUCCUAGUAAAAAUCAUUAAAUGUGUGAAUGGACUCUAAACUCACAAAAUUAUGUAUGUUAAAACAUGACUCUUUUUUAAACCUUUUUUAAAAAGUUAGGCUGAGAAAUUCUGCAAUAGAGUUAAAUACCGCAAAUCAUGAGAAUUAAUUGGUAAAAUGUGCAAAUUUUAUAUAUAGAAAUGAGAGUCAUGUUCAGAGCAAUUUUCUCCCUAUUUAAAAACUGCAUUAUGUCUUUUAAUAGUUUCAUAUCAUGAAUCUGUGCUAUUAAUUUCCCAGGUAUAUAUCAUCACUUUCAGAAAAGG